AUGUCCACCACCUCGGGCUCUGCUUCUGUUUGGCUAUUUCUGCUGUUUGGUUUCCUUCAACUCCUUAAGCUCUCUGGCAACGUUGAAGGUGACGCAUUGAAUGCGUUGAAGAGCAAUUUAAUUGAUCCUAACAAUGUUCUCCAAAGUUGGGAUCCCACUCUCGUCAACCCCUGUACAUGGUUUCAUGUCACUUGUAAUAGUGAAAACAGCGUUACGCGAGUUGAUCUUGGCAAUGCCAAUCUCUCUGGUCAAUUGGUGUCACAACUUGGUGUUCUUUCCAACUUGCAGUACUUGGAACUUUAUAGUAAUAACAUAACUGGAAACAUUCCAGCAGAGCUUGGAACUUUGACAAACUUGGUCAGCUUGGAUCUUUACUUGAACAGUUUACGUGGUACCAUUCCCGACACACUUGGCAAGCUAGAAAAACUACGUUUCCUGCGUCUCAACAACAACACCUUGACGGGGAAUAUUCCCAUGGCUUUGACUAAGAUUCAAUCGUUGCAAGUCCUGGAUCUUUCAAAUAACAAUCUGACUGGAGAUAUUCCGGUCAAUGGUUCUUUUUCACUUUUUACUCCCAUCAGUUACAAAAAUAACCGUCUGAAUCCUCUUCCAGUCACUCCAUCUCCUCCUGUUUCUCCAACCCAGUUCCAAGUUCUCCAGAUGCUUGUUGCAAUCACAGAAAUGAAGAAGAAGAAGAAGAAGAGAGAGAGAGACAGAGAGAGAGAGUUAUAUAACAUCUGA